UAAAUGUUCCCGUUGAUGAACCAUAAACGUGAUAACCCAAAGCUUGUGGAUAGCGAGGGAAAUAAACCGAACCCCAACUGUGGAAACCCAAAACCCUCCCAAAAUCCUGAGGAAGCCCACAAAUCAAUGGCUACGAUUGCUGCAGUUUCCUCUCUAUCUUCAAUCUGCAAAACCAGCAUCCACUGCCAUGGAGCUUCCCGCCAUUCUUCUUCUUCUAUGAAGUUUCCGGUUCACAGAAACUGUGCCGCCAAUUGUUUCGGCCGUUUAACAGUGAAGAAUGAGAACCGGUCCCACGGAAGCAGAAAGAUUAGGUCGGUUGCAGAAGAAACCCUAGUUCCAGAAGAAGAAGGAGAAGAAGGGUCAUCGGUCGACCAGCCCGUUUCGGUCCCGGUCUCGCCUUCUGACAUCCUCACCAUGUUCUUUCAGGCUGAAGGGACCAUGAAUGAAACAGCUAUUCCUACAGUGACCAAGGCUUUAGAGGAAACAGAAGGCAUUACCACUUUGAAGGUUCAGGUUGUUGAGGGUAUUGCAAGUGUUGCGUUAACAAAACAGACGACAGUACAAGCUACUGGCGUGGCUUCUAGUUUGGUUGAGACCAUACAAGGUUCAGGCUUCAAGUUACAGACAUUGAAUUUGAGUUUUGAGGAUGAAGAGGAGAUCAUUGAGUAGAUCUUGUAGGCUGAGUUAUUGUCAAAAUCCAAGGGAAAAGAUGUAUCCUUUUGCUCUGUUUUCUGAAAAACUUGUUAUCCUGUCAGCAGAUGCUGGAAAGUGUAUGGUAUUUACCAACCAUUGUCAAUUUUUAAAGGCAUCCUUUAUUUGGUAGUUUAUAUACUAUUUGAAAAUCAUUUUUAUAUCCUCA